AUGGUAACGACUCUACAGCACAUUGGCGCCGCGUUCCUGACGUACGAGGCAUACCUACAACAUUCUUUUCACUCAAUUGGUCUCAGUGCUGCACACGAGCUUCCUGCGAAAGGAUUCGGUGUCGUGCUUCUCUGGGUCGCCUUGGUCACUUUCCUGCAGAACUUUGUGACCGCCGCCGUAUUUGUCAAGCCCGAAUACCGAAUUUCAGAAACCAGAAUCGUCGUCCUGGAUCUCAUUACCGCUGCACCCCACGAAAUUGAGACGGCACUUGAAUUCACCUCAGCUCUGCCGAUUGAUGUCUGGUUAACAACGCAGGUAGUUAUCCCAUCGUGCAGCCGACCACCCGAUCUUGUCCGAGUGCGCGACUGCAGGUUUGAAUCGCUGGUUCAGUCUGCAUGGCUUGUUUAA